CUGACCGACACGAUGGAGAACAGUUACUUCCCACUCCGCCGCUUACCCCCACAAGCCACUCGGAAUCCACGUUGUCCUACCCACUAGCCAGUUUCGUGUCUCCCAACUCGGUUCUCCUACCACCGAUAUCUCCACUCCCGUUACCCGUGGUUGCAAGGUCGACGUAUUCUGCUUUCCUGCCAGCCGGGUGUUGUGGCCAUACUCCGAGUUGUUCACCAUAUCCACCCCGCACAGCUAACAUGCUGGAUGUCCAGAACACGUCCACUAAAAAAACGAAGAGAUUUGACUUUGCACACCUCGCUGAAUCUGUUACUUUUCAGGAUAAGCCAGAACCCGUGACUUCCAACAGCGGUGCCCCAGUAACGCCAACAGCCACCCCCCAUGUUGCAUUAUCAAACUUUUCUGGUGACCCUGGUCAUCGAUUUCCAUUUUCUGGUGACUCCGGUCAUCCAUUUCCAUUUAUUUUCAGUCCUAUCUAUCCCUCAACAAUUCGUCCAGGAUUUUUUGGAAAGACGAAUGAUGGGACAAUGUUAGACAGACAGGUGUCCUCCCGUCCAAAGAAAGAGUUCAUCUGUAAAUACUGUGAGCGUCGCUUCACCAAGUCCUACAACUUGUUAAUCCACGUGAGAACACACACAGACGAACGACCUUACACAUGUGACAUCUGUCAAAAGGCUUUCCGGAGACAAGAUCAUCUGCGGGAUCACAG